ACCGUUUGCAACAUCGGCGGCCAGGCACCCCCCUCUCCGGGGGUGGGGGCGUCAGCAUACGACCUUCCCUCUUCGCCUUGCCCCAUGCUUCUUUUUCUCUUUCCUGUCCUCACUCGUCUGCCUCCCGCUCCUCGCGCAUAGUCUCCGUUGUCAACACGGCUCGUUGCAGCCGCUCAUCGCCUGGAGAACCAGAUAGCCGGACGGGGCGCCCCCUGGCUGAGAAGUUAGGUAGAUACCUACCGACUGUGCGCCGUGUCCCUGCGAUACGCCCAUCAUGUCGACAUAUUUCGACGCCUGGGCCUGGGCGACCAACGCGAGCAACUCGGCAUGCCCGGGCAUGAGCCUGAAGUGCAGGCAGCCCAACGCUUGCGCGCGCGACCCCAACAUCAGCAGGUGGUACUGCUGCGGUGCCAGCGGCGACGACUUUAGCGUCUGCUGGGCCGGAUCGACGACAUGCAGCAGCGACGGGUCCACCUUUGAGUGCCGCAAGGGCCAGACCACAUGGUGUUGCCGAAGCAAUCGCGAAUCCUGCACACUCGUUAGUAACCAGAUCAACGUCUGCUGGAGCAACGGUCACAACACGCUCAAGAACAUCAGCGUGCCCGACAUCGAGUCGGCCCUCGCGUCGCGCAGCGCCGCCGCGCCCUCGUCGGCGAGCUACAUCUCCUUUGAUCCCCUCAGCCUCAUCGCCCAGACCGCCCCGCCGCCUUCUUCGACCUCUACCAGCACGGGCAGCCCCAGAGACAACGCCUCCAGGACGUCCAGCACGGUCGGCCCCGCGCAAACCGACCCUGCCCCCGCGUCCCAGGGCGGUGCUGGGUCGUCCCCGAACGGACUCGAGCCCGGCGUCAUUGCCGGUAUCGUCAUUGCCAUCGCGGCCACCUUUGUCCUGGGGGCCAUCGGCACCUUCUUCCUACGGCGCCGCAAAAAGGACCGGUCGGCGGCGGCGGCGGCGGCGGUGGCCUCGCACUAUGGGCAGCAGUUCGGCUACGGCCAGGACCAGCAGCCCCAGCAGGGCUACCACCAUGACGGCGCUCCCUUUGGCUCGCCGCACCCGAGCGAGAUGCAGGGCAGCACGCCGCAUCAAGCCUACCCCCACUCCUACUACGAGGCGGGAAGCAAACCCUUCCCUCACCCGGGGCGGCCCGAGCUAUGGGGGACCAUGCCAGGGGCCGAGCUGCCGGCGAGAAACACAGAAGCCAGCGAGCUCCACGGCGACCAGGCGCAGCGCCCGAGGUAGCCCGGCAGAGGGCGGCCGGUGCGGAGCCUGGAGAUUUAAUUUAGAGUAAUUACCUAGCCUAUACAAUUCUCGCAUUUAUAGAAGCGUUUUGCUCCGAAGCAA